GCGCCGCCCCCGGCGUGUGGCGGUGUCCGCAGCCAGGUGCGCGGGGCCGGGGCCGCGCUGCUCCGCUCCGCUCCGCCACCAUGACCGUCACACGGCUCGACCAGGGCCAGCGCUACCGCCCGCGGAUGGCCUUCCUGAAAAAGAUCGAAGCUCUCAUGAUGGAGAUGCAGAGCCCAGACACAGGAAUCAAGACACAGACACAGACAGUGAUGGUCACCAGCAUCCCCCACGCUGUGACAGGUAAUGAUAUAAUGCAGUGGAUCCUUCAGCGCUUGCAGAUCACUGCAGAAGAGGCACUCCACCUGGGAGACCUGUUUGUCAAAUAUGGAUAUAUCUACCCUCUUCAGGAGCCAAAGAACCUCACCCUGAAGGCAGAUGGCAGCCUCUACAGGUUUCAAACCCCCUAUUUCUGGCCAGUGCAGGGCUGGGCUGCUGAUGACACAGACUAUGCAAUUUACCUGGCAAAGAAGAACAUUAAAAGGAAAGGGAUUUUGGAAGAAUAUGAAAAGGAACAUUACAACAUGCUCAAUCAGAAAAUAAACUACAAGUGGGAUUUUGUCAUUAUGCAGGCCAAGGAGCAGUAUAAGGCAGGGAAGGAGCGGAAGAAGGAGGACAGGUAUGCCCUGGACUGCCAGGAGAGAGCCUACUGGCUUGUGAACAGAACUCCUCCAGGCAUGCUGGAUGCCCUCGAGUAUGGAUUAGACCGUGUCACAGACCCCAAUGAAAAUAAGAAAAAUACGAUGGAAUUCUAUAGGAGAGAGAUCAUGUACUAUCAGCAGGCCAUCUUGAAGACCAGAGUGAAAUCUUCUGUCUCUCUUGGAGGGGUUGUGAAGUACUCUGAGCAGUUCCUCUCCAAUGAUCCCAUCCUGUCUGGAUGUCUCCCCAGCAACCCUUGGAUAUCAGAUGACCCUGACUUUUGGGAUCUCAAUGCAAAGCUGGUGGAGGUGCCCACCAGGAUGCGCGUGGAGCGAUGGGCCUUCAACUUCAGCGAGCUGAUCCGGGACCCCAAAGGCCGCCAGAACUUCCAGAUCUUCCUGAAGAAGGAGUUCAGCGGAGAAAAUCUGGGUUUCUGGGAGGCCUGUGAGGAUCUCAAGUAUGGAGACCAAUCCAAGGUCAAAGAAAAAGCAGAAGAAAUCUACAAGCUCUUCCUGGCUCCGGGAGCGAGGCGCUGGAUUAACAUCGAUGGCAAAACAAUGGGCAUCACAGUCAAAGGCCUGGAGCACCCUCAUCGUUACGUUCUAGAUGCUGCUCAGACCCACAUUUACAUGCUGAUGAAAAAGGACUCCUAUGGCCGCUAUUUAAAGUCUCCAAUAUACAAGGAAAUGCUGGCCAAGGCUGUUGUGCCACAAGAGGGUGUCAAAAAAAGCACGGGUUUGUUCGGACGCCGCCACCUCCGCUCCAGCCCCAGCCCCAUCAUCCUGAGGCAGCAGGAGGAAGAGGCCAAAGCCAGGGAAGCCGCCAACACCGUGGACAUCACGCAGGUCAUGAGCAAGCUGGAUCGCAGGAACCAGCUCCAGAAGGAAGCUCCUCCCAAGUAGGCUCUGAGCCCCGCAGGGAAAAGACAAGGCGAGGCUGGUGUUGAGCUUCGUCUCCCCUUCCUGAAGGUGUCAGUGCUGCUUUAGGUUUCCAGGCCGGCUCUGCUCUCUGCCGGCUUCCCGCACGUUGCCAUGGCUUCUGGAGAGCGGAUGUCCCUUCCCAGGCAGUGCCGGGCUGCUGCUGUGCCAGGCUGGGGUGCAGCACCCCGCACACCUCGGAGGGGAGAUGCCUUCUGCCCCCACGCAGCCUGCAGAGCCCAGCUGCCUGUCCCUGCUGCUGCAGGAGUGGGGUGGCACAAGGCAGGGUAGAGCUGUGCCCCAGUUCAGACCAGCCUUGGCACUGAGGGGGAUGAGCCCGUGGGGAGCAGAGUGAGGUCACCCAGCCCAGAGUGUCCCUGCUGGCCUCCAUCCCCUCGGGGGGCUCUGCACCCUCCCAAUGGGUGCAUCUGGUACCCCCUGAGAGGAGCACACCCCUCUCCAAGAGUCCUGCACCUCCAGCCAGCACCACAGGCAGAGGAGCUGACUGUGGCAGCAGGAGCAGUUCUGAAGGUUUAGCUGACCUUCUGAAUUUGAAUGACACUCCCACAUCCCCUGGCACGCUGGGGGUGAUCAGCAGGAAGCUCUGCUCUGCUCUCCCUGUGGCUCCUGUGCUGUGAGCUGGGUGUGCAGGUGCAGAGAGCUGCCCCUUGCCAGAGCCUGCACGAGACCAAGAGAGAUUUUAUCCAAUCCUUCCCACCUCUUGUCUUGUCUUUUUCCUGCUCUUCUAUUUUCUAUUGUUAAAAAUCCAACAGGAGGUAGCUGCAGUUGUCAUUGGCUUGUAGCCCAGAGGCAAGGGAGAACAGGGUAGAGGUGUUAAGAGCAGAUUUCAACUUUAAGUAGUGUUUUCUUUUUCAUUUACUCUGUCUCUUUUGCUCUGUAGAAUAAGGCAAGCUAAAUACCACAUUAGUGCUAAAGAGCUCAGGUAGAUUCUGGGCCUUGCUGGAAAAGCCCAGCAUGCCUGGACCAGGCCAAUGGUUACCAGAAGUGUGAAGAUUCCUGCAAAGGCCAGUAAAGGGAACUGAAGGGGCAGAAAAGCUUCCUUGUUUGUUAAAAUUUUGGGGAAGCAAAGGAGCUAGGUGGAAGCACUGAGGUCUGGAAAGCUGCCUCUCUCCAGUUCACAUUGUUCAUCCCUUUUUAAUACUGGUAGGAUUUUACAGAAAAUGGGAGAUCAUAGAACACAGAAUGGUUUGGAUUGGAAGGGAUUUUAAAGCUCAUCUCAUUCCACCCCCUGCCAUGGGCAGGGACACCUUCCACUGCCCCAGGGUGCUCAGAGCCACAUCCAGCCUGGCCUUGGGCACCCCCAGGGAUGGGGCAGCUUCUGGAGAGAUCUGGCAGGGAGUGGGAGCCCUGGGGUAGCGGGGUGCAUGCAGGCCCCUGGAGCCCUGGGGUCCUUGCAGGGCAACUCCCUGUGAACAGGGGACAGCCAUGAUGUCACUGUGUCCCCAACAGCUCCGACAGUGACUGGCCCUCCCCGUGGCAGGAUCAGGGCUGGACACUCUGAUCUGGUGUCACUCCUCCGCUUGUGGCUGAGCCAGGGAGGUUGUCCUGCCCUUCCUUACCCCAGCAGUGAUAAACCUCCUCAGGGGAAUUGAAACUGAGUCACCCCGGACCUUGCCUGUGAUGUCUGUGCUGAGUCUGUUCUCACUCCUGCGGAAGCACAGGCACAUUCUGCACUGCUGGACAGGGGAGCAGGCUCAGGCUGCCUUUUUUAAAACUUAAACCCCAAGGCUUUGUUACAUCAGGUGCCCUCAGUGUACUUGGACAUCAGAGCACUGGCAGGCACUCCAGAACCUGGCAGGGCUGGCCCAAAGCUACUGGGCUGUGAUGAACUCUGCAGCCUCUGCAGAGUUUGUGUAACAUGGAGCACUGAGCAUGUUGGGAUUGCCAGUAUGUAGGAACAUGUGGAAGAUCAAGUCAGGGUAUAAAUAAUAAAUAACAAAUCUGUGUGUUCCCGUCAGUCCCUCUGAUUCUACUUCUAUUUUGUCUGCUGCUUUGCUUGUUAUGUUCUCUGUAUCCAUUCCUUUCUCUGAUUUUUUAUCAUCUCUGCUUGGCAUCGCUGCUCCCCUGCCAUGGGUUGUGUUGCAUGCUCGGGAGUCGCUGUGCUUGUGGAACACCAGUCAGUGCUUCUGGAACACCAGUCAGUGCUUCUGGAAUACCAGUCAGUACUUGUGGAACACCAGUUACUGCAUGUGGAACACCAGUCAGUACUUGUGGAACACCUGUUACUGCAUGUGGAACACCAGUUUUUGCUUGUGGAACAAGCAGCCAUCCUUCACACCCAGGCAGGAGCUGGUUUUGCCCUGCCACAGGCUGAUGGAGCAGUCACAGCCCAGCCUUCUGCUCCUCAUCCUCUGCUGCUCAGUCCUGGAAGAGGAAAGUUGCCUGGUACAAGCUGAACUUCACUUUGUGCCAGCCGAGAAAUUGUUUGUUUCCAUGUGUUGUUCAAUUUUUUUGGCCAUGGCUUCCAUGCAUUCAUCUGUCUAAUAAAAAUAAAUGUAGAAAACAGAAAAAGAACCAAGAUCCUUCUCUGUCGUGUCUCAGUGUGUUCAUCCUUCUCUGUGCCAUCUCUGCAUGCGUGUGCAUGUCCUGUGUGUGCCUCUGCUCUCAGCUCCUCUCCUUGGACACUUGAGCUGCAUUUCAUUUUGCUGGGACUAAGUCCUUGAGAAAUGGGAGGGGACCUGGCAUGCAGCAUGUGCUGUCCUUGUCCUGUCCAGUCUGUGCUUGGGC